GCCUUGUUGUCUAUUUGUCCGAGCCUAUGUCACUGGUCUUACUUCCCCCUCAAACUGAUAAGACACAACCAAAGUACCAUGUGGGCAGUCUGGAUCCACUCAAUAUAAAUCCCACUUCCGUUCUGUUCCGUCUCCAAGGAGAGAAAACUUGUGAGCUAAAUACCCAUUUCAAAUCUCUCACUGAUUCUUCUCCAAGUUUUAUUGCUUCGGAUGAUGAGUCUCUUCCGCCUGGUCUUUUGAUUUUUGAGUGUGAGAUUUGGUGGUUUUCGUUUCUGGGUUGAACUCAGAGUGAUGUCAAUGACAUGCCACAACCUUGAUUUUUCAAGAACCGUGCUUGACGUGGUUGCUUGUGGGUGCUAUUUGAAUGCUACGUUUAAUCGGUCUUCAGUAAGGAAUUAUGCAAAGUCCAGUUGUAAGAGUCGUAGCAGAGGUCAUGGGGGUGGGAUAGAUGUUUGUAGACGGCGGGGGAUCGCUCGGUGUAGAGUUUCUUCGACGAGAACCCCAGAGACACUGCGUAAUGAGGUAGCUCAAGGCCCUCCACCGGUGUUCGAGUUGAAGAAAGGGUCUAGAAGCCCCAUUUCACUUACAAAUCUGUUUGAAGUGGUCGCUGAGGACCUCGGGACUCUGAACCAAAAUCUCCAGAAUAUUGUUGGUGCAGAAAACCCACUUCUGAUGUCUGCAGCAGAGCAGAUAUUUGGCGCAGGUGGGAAGAGGAUGAGACCAGCUUUGGUGUUCCUAGUGUCUAGAGCGACAGCCGAAUUGGUUGGUUUAAAUUUGCUUUACACCAGGGAACUUACCAUGAAGCAUCGGCGUUUGGCAGAGAUCAUUGAGAUGAUCCACACUGCAAGCUUAAUACAUGAUGAUGUAUUGGAUGAUAGUGACAUACGGAGAGGGAAGGAAACUGUUCACCAACUCUAUGGUACAAGAGUGGCAGUGCUGGCUGGGGACUUCAUGUUUGCACAGUCAUCAUGGUAUCUUGCAAAUCUUGAAAAUCUUGAAGUCAUUAAGCUCAUCAGCCAGGUUAUUAAAGACUUUGCAAGUGGUGAAAUAAAGCAGGCAUCUAGCUUGUUUGAUUGUGAUGUUGAACUUGAGGAGUAUUUGAUCAAGAGCUACUACAAAACAGCUUCCUUAAUAGCUGCUAGUACCAAAGGAGCAGCUAUUUUUAGUGGGGUUGACAGCGAUGUAUGCCAGAAAAUGUAUGAAUAUGGUAAGAAUCUUGGUCUUUCCUUCCAAGUCAUCGAUGACAUAUUGGAUUUUACUCAGUCAGCAGAGCAGCUGGGGAAGCCAGCCGGCAGUGACCUUGUGAAAGGAAACCUCACUGCACCUGUUAUUUUUGCUUUGGAGAAAGAUCCAAAACUGAGGGAUAUAAUUGAAUCUGAAUUCAGUGAGCCCAAUUCUCUUGAUGAAGCCAUUGGCUUGGUUAAAAGUAGUGGGGGCAUUGAAAGAGCACAAGAAUUAGCUAAAGAGAAGGCUUAUCUAGCAAUCCAAAAUCUACAAUGUCUCCCUCAAGGUGCCUUUCGACUAGCUCUCGAGGAUAUGGUGAUGUUCAACCUUGAACGGAUUGACUAAUUGGACUUAGAAAUAUGAACCAUGUGGAUAGAACAGCCAUUGAUGAUUAUAGUUCCUUGAGCCUAAAGGAAUGGUUUUGAAUUCAACCCUUUGCCAUUACAGCAAGCACAUCUGCACCUCAGUCACUGCUUCACAUAAACCAGCUGUUCUUGAUUGGUUGUAUAUUCUUUAUAGGUAUCAAGCCUUAACUACAGCUUGUUUUAUUGUUUAUUCAAAAUUUCAGCACCAUGGCAAAAUGGCCUAAUAAGAAAAUCACAGUUCUAAAA